GUGUUUUUCUACCUUAUCAACCCCAGAGUUCAUUGCUUUGACAUGUUUAACAGCUGGCCCUACUUGAAGCUUGUAAUAUAAUAGCUAGACUCUUCUUUAGUGUCGGUUGGCACACCAGCUUCAUGGCGACAGCAUUCCCCGUUGUUAGGUUAAAUUGUUAAGUUUUCACCGGCAUGUCCACUCAUGUCCGGAGGGGUAACGUUUCUUCUCCAGAGAGCCGUCCUCUCUGCACUGCAGUCAGCGCUACACACACACAUUUGGCGUAGGAAGGUCACGUUACAAAGCGGGUCGGCACUAGCUGCCUGAGAGAGGAGGACUGCGCAAAAACCACGGCCCGGAUUUGUGCCUGGCUGACGUCAUGUGGAGCCACAGACCUCUUUGACAGAAGCCAGCAAGGAGAAGCGCCGGGGACCAACAUCCAGGGGGCUGGGAGAUGUCGGCGAGCACAUCGCUGUUUUGAGCCACACACUCGCCCGCGAGGUGAAGCCAGGCACGGACAUUUCGCUUAGCUCGAUUGCGGUGCACCGCGAGAGCGCUUAUCCGAUAUUAAAGGGACGCGAGCGGCUGUUUUCUGCCUCAAAACGAGCCGCACUGUUGACCAGGGAGGGAUAAGCAGCCAGAAAACAACUACUAAUCCCCAGCACGGUCACAUUCACGGCGGGGCUCGGACCCGACAGAAAUGUACAGGGCAGCACGAACUGGAUUAAAUGAUAGGGAAUAAAGGAGACGCCGCGAACAAAGCGAGCCAGAAGUGUUAUGCCCGUUAACCCGUGUAGUCUUCAUUUGACUGGAAAUGGGAGCUUUAACAAGCAGACAGAACAUAGGCGUGGAAGAAGUGGACAUUCCGUCCAAUUCGGUGUACCGCUAUCCGCCGAAAUCUGAGUGUCAGAGACAGUGCUGGGUUGGCUCUUAUCUUGGUACUUCUAUUAGCAGGGCAGCUGGACUGCUGAUGGCAUCAUAAAUGCCUCAGUCUGUAAAAUGAAGAAGUCACAAUGGAUCCCAAGAGGAUGAAAAUAAAAAGAUCACUCUAUCAGUAUCACCAUCAGAAGUUAUUGGGAGUUACUUCGCCAGCCAUUUCAUCAUGGGGGGAGAGAAGUUUGACUCCACCCAUCCGGAGGGUUACCUGUUUGGGGAAAACACAGACCUUAACUUCCUGGGGACCAGACCUGUGGCGUUCCCGUACGCAGCCCCUCCACCUCAGGAACCAGUAAAGACAUUACGAAGCCUUAUAAACAUCCGUAAGGACACGCUGCGGCUCGUACGGUGCAGUGAGGACCUGAAGCUGCCAGGUGACGAGGCAGCGGGGAAGAACAGGGCCUGUUACAACAUAGAGUUCACCUUUGACGCCGACACACAGGUGGCCAUAACCAUCUACUACCAGGCCAUAGAGGAGUUUCACAAUGGAGUGCCAGUUUAUCUGCCCCAGGACAGCUCUCUGCAGUCUGAGACAGUACACUUCAAGAGGGGAGUCUGCCAGCAGUUCUGUCUGCCCUCACACACCGUCAACCUCAGCGAGUGGGCUGACGAGGAGCUGCUGUUUGAUAUGGACAAAGAAAUUUUCCCCAUGGUGGUGCAGGCUGUUGUAGACGAGGGGGAAGAACAUAUGGGCCACUCUCACAUACUGCUGGCCACGUUUGAAAAGCACAUGGACGGGAGUUACUGUGUGAAGCCUCUGAAGCAAAAACAAGUGGUGGAUGGAGUCAGUUAUCUACUGCAGGAGAUCUAUGGGAUAGAGAACAAAUACAACAGCCAAGAAUCAAAGGUUGCUGACGAUGAGAUCAGUGACAACAGUGCCGAGUGUGUGGUGUGUUUGUCGGAUGUGCGAGACACACUCAUCCUGCCGUGCAGACACCUGUGUCUCUGCAACGCCUGCGCAGACACUCUGCGCUACCAGGCCAACUGCUGCCCCAUCUGCAGACUGCCAUUCAGAGCUCUUCUGCAGAUCCGAGCCAUGAGGAAGAAGCUCAGUCCUCUGUCACCUACAAGCUUUAAUCCCGUCAUCACUUCACAGACCUCUGACUCAGAGGAACACUCGGCGUCAGAGCACAUCCCGCCGGGCUACGAGGUGGUGUCUCUCCUGGAGGCGCUGAACGGCCCCCUCAACACCUCCUCAGUGGCCCCUCCUCCUCUCCACUCGGGUCCCAGCCACGUCACAGGAACACUGCCCCCGUACAGCAAUGAGCCUCACCCGGCACCGGCCCGCUCCCUCUCCCCGCUAGACCACUCCAACUCCAGUCAGGGACUCAAACUCAAGAAGAGUGGUUCGAAGUCCCUUUCCCAGAACUCCUCUGUACUUCCAGAGGAGGAGGAUGAGAAGUCCUGCAGUGAAUCGGAGGCCUGUCGCCACAAACUCGCUGUGGACCAGCAGGAGAGCGGAGUCACUCCCGACAGUGAGAACCUGACUCUGUCCUCGUCUGGAGCCAUCGACCAGUCAUCUUGCACCGGGACCCCGCUCUCCUCCACCAUCACCUCCCCUGAAGACCCAGUGAGCUGCAGCCUGGUCCAGUCAGUGAUGUCCAUGGCUUCGUCCCACUCGCAGCACUCCCACAUCAGCACUGACACCAUGUCCUCCAUGUCAGGGUCCUACCUGGCCGGGGCCGAAGGCGAGGCCGGGGGGGACGAUGGGGGAGACGUGGAGGGCGAGGAGAACCAGGACGCCCCCAUGGAGAGCCGAGGACCAUCGCAGCAGGAAGGGGAGUUUUCCCAGGAGCCAAAGGAACAAAACUACUCCGUGGCUGUAGAGGAGCAGGACUCAGAGGGAAACGAUGUCACUGAAGAGGACUGCUCCUCCCCGUCCAAUGGGAAAGGUGGGUGGAGCAGGUGUCCAGAGUUGGCCAAUAACAAUCAGGGCGUCGCCCUCUGUGACACGCCCUCUUUGGGGUUGGAUAAUGAGCAGGCUCCCGACAGCCGAUUCGCCGGUCUGAUGUACCUCGGGGGCUACAGGCCUGUUUUGGAGCCCCACCCCCACCACACCUCCACUAGCAAUAUCAAUCUGGAGGAGCAGGGGGCAGAGAACCGGGACAGACAGAGUCCUAAACAUCCCCGCCGCGGACCACUCAUUGUGUAACACACUCAAACAAAGCCACACACAAAAACACACAGACUUCUCCGUCCAGAGUUUUUACCCUGCUAUAGUGCUGCAUUGCUGGAUACUGUCCUCGCAGAACAGGGAACCCCCCCCCCCCCUUCCUCCUCCUCCUCCACCUUUCUGAACAUUUCCCCGGAUCGAUUGAUUGUCGUUGCUGGCGCUGAAACUCCUCUUUGAGUGGAAAGAGGAGGGAAGAGGAACAGAACGGCAUCACCAGUCUUGUCGUCUGUGCACUUUUAUCUCACAGGAGUUUCUUUUUUUUUUUUGUCUGUGAUCUAACUUUUUGUGGCAAUGAUUACCCUACUGCUACAUUAUUAUUUAUUACCUGUAGGUCUAACCAAUGAGAGCUGUGUAUUAUGACACUGUCUCUAGAAAAACACAUGCUGCUCCUCUCCUCUCCUCUUUCUUUCCUCUCCUCUAUUACCAGCCAAACAGUCAGGGGCUACUGUGAUCGGCAAUCUGAUUUAUUACUAAUGUACUUCUUCUUCUCUGUUAUAAACUGUAUGUUGAAUGAGUGGUUAGACACUAUAUAUAAAAGUCAGCUCACACCGGACUACCUUACCUUAGUGAACUUAAAUGCGCUGACUCCUCUCCUUCGGAUCAGGGAGCUCCCGUCUCAACUUCGCAUGCAGCUUUCAACUUCUGCUGAUGUUUUCCCUCUCAUUCCCGCCCACGAUUUUCAAACACCUCUGCUGAAUGUGAAUACAGAAGUGAUCAAACUUGCAAGGUGGCGGACGAGCCAAGAAAUUGCAUUGAAAAUGAAAUGUUACACAGAAUGUAAGACGAUGAACACAGAUCUCUCAGAAUGGGAAUGUACAUGAUUGAAAUGGUCACCUAAACUGGAUUUAAACAAAAACUUUGAACCCUAAACUGGUUCUCCAGACACGCAUUACCCCCACCACCCCCCACCCCCCACCACCCCACCACCCCACCACCACCACCACCACCACCACCACACCAUCCUCUCCUUUUACAGCUCCAUCUUAGCAUGUCAGUAUUAUUGUAGUGGGACUGGAAAUCUGCAAGUACCACCAAGCAAUAAAGACGCUGAAACUGCAUCUCCUGCAGGAGGACACUCAUUUGCAGUUCAAACAAAAACUGUGUUUGCACUUGCCUGUUACAUUCAAAUUCAGACAUUUCAAUGUGUUUAAUUGUUAUUCAUCAUACAGUGAAUUUGAAAACCUAAAUGUGAGAUUUAGGCCACACUGGUUAGCUGGCAUUUUGUUCAUCCUCAUAUUUCCCAUUAUUAUAACCCCGAUGUGCUCUUUUCUCCUUAUUUGUGAAGCUUUCAGUUGUUUUGGUUUUGUAUAACUUUAAUGUAUAGCUCACCUGUUGAUGUUCUUCGUUUCUGGGUUUUAAUUUGUUGCAAAACACUGUGUCGUUUAUUAGAAUGUGGAUGAAUAUAUGUGAACAAUUUGUAAAGGUUUACAGACUUGCGCACACAGGCGUGCUAGAUUAACUGAAAAGGGACAAUAUCAACAUUUAAUGCACUAUUAGCUGUUUCCUAGACGACACACUUUGCGGUGCAUGAGGCGAUAGUAGAGUAAGCAUGUUAGUCUAGGUCAGCCUGCACCCUCCUGUAGAAUACUUGAUGAUGGAUCACUGCACACACAUAAAGCCGUACCAUUUCUUUUUGCAGUGUUAUAUAUCGGUUGCUGGCUCCUUAUUCCCUUGACCCAAACUGUUAAGGUCAAGAGUACUGCACUACUAUAUCCAAGCUGCAAACAGUCAUGUGAUCACAGUCCGAAUGUGUAGAUGAAGCCGCUCUUUGGCACCAGUUGCAGUAUGAUAUCAAAGUAAUGGGUCCCGACCCCACUUUUUCUAGACUUACAAGUGAAAAUGUCAAAGAAAACAUCAAUCGGACAAUAAAGUUUUUGCAUCUA